ACAAUCUUUGUUCUGAACCAAAUUCAUUUUUUUGUCAGCGAUAUGGACGAAGAAUCUAGUAGUUCUGUUUUCAGAAAAUUCGAAGGAGAAGAGACUAUGGGAAAAGUACUUUUAUUCGCAACCGUGUCAAUUUUCACAGGGGUUAUGUUCCUCCUCUUGCUUCAUCUCUACGCUAGACUCUUUUGGUGGCGUGUGGAACAACAUUUCAACCUAAACCUAAUCCAAUCCGACGAUCCUGGCUCCACAGUCAUCGGCCGUGACCAUCGACGACGUCGUUUCGUCUUUGCUCAAGCUCAAGAAGAUCCUCCUCGUAAUACCGGUCUUGAUUCUAAAAUCCUCCAAUCGAUCCAUGUUGUUGUUUACAAGUCUACGGACUUUAAAGACGGGCUAGAAUGCGCCGUUUGUCUCUCUGAUCUCGUUGAUGGCGACAAAGCUAGGGUGUUACCAAGGUGUAAUCAUGGGUUCCAUGUUGAUUGCAUCGACAUGUGGUUUCAGUCUCAUUCCACUUGUCCUUUAUGUAGAAACACAGUUGGUUCCGUGGAAGAGACGGCACAUGGAGAAAGUUCUGAAGACCUUGAGGCUUUAUCUCAAACUCAAAACUUUGAACCAGGGCACUCGAGUAAUCAGCAUAAUCCAUCUCAAGAUCAAAGCCGUGUUUUUGGAUCUUGCUCUGUUAGAAGCGCAUGCCUCAUUGUUACUGAAGAUUAUCCUACUGGAAAUUUCGCAGAUUCUUCUAACGAUCAUCAACAAGAAUCUACUGAUACAUGUGACAGAGCACAAGAAGUGACUACGGUUGUAGUGGACAUUCAUGCGGAUACAAAUGAGAAUUUCUCCGAGAGAAUCGGAGAAGAAGAACCUAAGUCACCGAUGUUCACAAGGCUAAGUUCGCUUAAGAAGUUUUUGAGUAGAGAGAAGAAAGGUGUAGUUUGCAUUAUUGGUUCAAGCGGGACCAACAACAACAAUGUUUGAAUAAAUAAU